CGUUUUUCGGCAAUUUUGCCAUCUGCAAAUUUAAUUUAUCGAGGGCAUUUGUAUUUGCAUUUAGAAUACUUAUGAUUUGUUGGUUGAAAUGAGAGCAGGCGUUAACAAAGUGUAUUAAUGUUGAUGCUUUAUCCAUUCAACGUAAAUAUUUUGAAAGAAAAUCUGUCAAAUUAGAGUAGUUAAAUAGCACAUGCAGAUGAAGAAACGUUAAACAAAAUUACAAUGUUGGAUUACGUAGGGAGAAAGAAGAAAAUUCGGAAAGGAAAAAUUGAAAGGAAUGACUUUGGAAAAGCAAUGAAACAAAUUGCAGAAAAUCUUCAAUAUACUGGGUGUCUUGAUGUGAAAAAGGAUGCACUGUAUGUACUAACACUGUGGAUUGAUUAUAUAAGAGAACUUAAAAGUGAAAAUUCAAGAAUAGAGACGUUGAAAACAAAUUCUUCCCGGAUAGACAAAAUGUUUCAAAAAAUGACUAAAAAAAUAGAGGUAUUAGAGAUGCAAUGGAAUCUUUUGUCGAAAGAGGAUCAAUCCAUAAGAGACAGCCUAUAGUUAGUCACGUUCCUCUUCUAAAAUCUUGCAUUGUUUUCAUGAGCGUGGAUGGAUAUUUCACCUAAACACUUUAAUGACUUCAUGUAGUGAAAGUGCGUUUGUCAGAGAUGUCAAAUUUAAAUAUCAAUCAAUAGUAUUUUUUUUAAAAGAAGUAGUUAUUUAACUGUAGCUAAUUCUUUUAUUCUUUCAAGUUCAUUAAAUUGCACUAAUAAAAUUUAAUGAUAUUAAA